AUGAAGAGGUCUACUACGAAUCCUGAGAGCAGUGGCUCCAACCCUACUAAAUGGCGAAGAAUAUAUAAGGCCUGUAUUAGUUGCCGGAAUAAAAAGAUGAAAUGUGACAUGGGACCGUUGGAUAACCCUCAUGGUCCUCCCUGCAUGCGCUGUAGAAGAGAGAACAAAGAAUGUAUUCUGCCUGAGAACAAGAGAAGAGGAAAUACAGACACAGAAUUUAAACUAGGCAAGAUUGAAAAUGGAUUAGUUGGUGUUAUGAACAAAAGUGAAUCUGAGCAGAGUCUACUGUCACAAACAAGAGCGCCUCCUCCUAAUGGUAGUACAAGUAAUAAUUUGGAUUUGGUGGAUCCCAAAUGGAAAUUUGAAAUUGGCACCAUGUACAAUGCAUUAGAGUUCUUAGCAAAGGCAGCUGGUUCUGUUUCUAAGGAGGAACCUAUAGAAAUGAAAUCUCCUCAGAACAGAAGUGAUUUAGGCGUGGGAAAUAUGCCUGAUACUGCAUUAAAUGGAGUUAUGAGCGACAAUAUAGGGAACUUAGAUAUUUCCGAUGAAAGUUUCCUAGCUCCUCUGACCACAGCGAAUGGAUCACAGCGAGCUGCAGCUCCGCUCAUAGAAAAAUUGAGUAGCAUGAGACCUAAAUCUUCCAAGAAGUUAAUAGAUGUUGAUUAUAUUGGACCAUCAAAAUUAUUAUCAGAAGACGAGGCCACACGGUUGAUAGACAUUUUCUUUCUAACCAUGCAUCCAUUCUUCCCUCAUAUUCCCUUGCAAUUGCAAGAUCCUGAUGAACUGGUAAGGUAUCCAAUUUUGUUAUGUGCAAUUCUUACCAUAUCGGCUCGCUAUAAUCCUUUUGGUGAAUUAGGUUUUUAUGAUGGUGAAGCUCAUAAUCGAAAUAUUGAAGUUCAUGAACGGCUGUGGAUCUACUGUCAAAGGCUCAUUUCACAAACAAUUUGGGCAGAAGCUAGUACCAGAUCGAUUGGUACCGUACUAGCCUUUUUGUUAUUUACAGAAUGGAAUCCACGGGCCAUUCACUGGAAAUGGUCAGAUUAUGCUAAUAAUCCUGAAUUAAAUGAUGUUACUAAGAGGGAAACUCAUGGUGCCAAUACACCUCGAGACACUGAAACUUUCACAGGUAUGGCUGCUGUAAGAAGAAGUGAUCGUAUGGCAUGGAUGCUUAUAGGGGCCGCAGUAAGAUUGGCUCAAGAUAUGUCCUUUAUCGAUACCAGCUCUAAAAUAUUUGUGGCAACUCACAUUGCAGAAGCCCAUACCGCCAUGAAUUUGAACCAGAAAUCUAUUUUAUCCGAAAGUUUAAGUGAAGUGAACAGAGAAGUUCUGGAGAGAUUAGAUGACAUUGGUAAUGAGAAUUUUUAUUUAGAACACAUUCUACAAAAGGACGAAAGCAAGGAGAGAUGGACCAAUUUUCUACAAAAUGUGAGUGAAGGACGCCGUGCUAAAGGUACAGGCCCUUUAACAGACAUGGAACGUGAAUUUCUAAAUGAUGAAUAUGUUCUCUACUACGUUAACGCCCGCAACGAUGCCUCUUCAAAAUCUUCCUUGACCUUGCCGUUCCCAUUAAAGUUUUCGCACCCGCAGAGGGCCAAGAUUGAAUUGCUUAGAAUCCUAACUAUUGGAUACGAAUCCAUUUACUACGAGAGUGAAAAAGACAAAACUCAGCUUAUAAACGGUAAUCCAAAAAGAAACUUGGCACUUUUAGAGAUCAUUUCGACAUUAAUUGAAAAAUGGCAUGCCACGUACAAAGACCUUCUAAUACCAGCAAAUGCUACGCCAUGUUCCUUGGAUAUGGCUCGAAACAAAAGAGCCGUUCACGAACUCACUCAACAGAUUGAUAGAGAAAGCCUUUCUUGUGAUUACAACUACUGCCAGCUCUACAUCUAUUCAUUGGCACUACAAAAUGAUGUGAAGAACAUGGAUUUAAAAAUGCCGGAAAUAAGGAAGAGCGCAAGAUAUGUGGAAUUGGCCUAUAGGGCGGCUGAGGGAAUUCUAGAUUCUGCCGAACGUAUCCAUUCGCUAAAAAUGCUUCGGUACAUGCCCGUUAGAUGGGUUACUCGUAUUGUAAGAGCAGUGGCAUUCCUUGUUAAAUGCUAUUUAGUUUUAACCAAGGACGGUUUGGCGGCUAAUCCCGUGGCGGGAACUAUUUUAAGGCUUACGGUAAUUCCUUCUGAGGAAACAGUCCCUAUUAUUGAAAGAGCUGCUGUUACCCUCCAAGAAGCUGCACCGGACGAAGUACAUUUAGGUAUGCGCUAUUCAAAGAUUUUAAAGUUCUUAUGUGCCGAGGUCAAAAUGCGCACACAGAUGAGUGAACGAGAUGAAGAAGCAGAAGAGGAAAGGAAACAACGCCAACAGCUAGAAUGCUAUCAUCGGCAACCGCGUGAAAGGAGACAACAACACGCACAACCGGUCAUAUCUCAAAGCCAUAGCCCACCUUCACCUUCUGUGAUGCUAAAUUCCUCCAUGGAUCCAUAUAGCCCAUCUGCGCCGCCUGCCGAUCUGCCAUUUGAAGAUCCUUUCGAUUUGUUCGCUGCAAGUGAUGAUAUUGGUCUUGAUUUUGUGGAUACAUGGACAGAAAUGAUAGAAAAUCGUUACAUGCAAGAUGAACUAGGUAACAUAGAGAGUUCUCGUGGUGAGAAUUAG